GCGAUCCACUCAGUUGCCUGGCAUCACGAGGGCAAGCAGUUCAUUUGCAGUCACUCAGAUGGAACUCUGACCAUAUGGAACGUCAGAGGCCAGGGCAAGCCCAUACAGACAAUCACCCCACACGGAAAACAGCCCAAGGACGGGAAGAAGCCAGAGCCUUGUAAACCCAUUCUCAAAGUGGAGUACAAAACCACUAGAAAUGGGGAUCCCUUCAUAAUCCUGUCUGGUGGCCUGUCCUAUGACACUGUGGGCCGGCGGCCUUGUCUGACAGUAAUGCAUGGGAAGAGUACGGCUGUGCUGGAGAUGGACUAUCCCAUAGUAGAUUUUCUCACACUCUGUGAGACACCAUACCCUAAUGAUUUUCAGGAACCUUACGCUGUUGUGGUCCUUCUGGAAAAGGAUUUAGUGGUGAUCGACCUUGCACAAAAUGGUUACCCCAUAUUCGAGAACCCCUAUCCUCUGACUAUCCACGAGUCUCCUGUGACCUGCUGCGAGUACUUUGCCGACUGCCCUGUGGACCUCAUACCUGCACUUUACUCUGUUGGCUCGCGGCAGAAACGUCAGGGCUACAGCAAAAAGGAAUGGCCUAUUAGUGGUGGAAACUGGGGUCAAGGCACACAGAGCUACCCAGAGAUCAUCAUCACUGGGCAUGCUGAUGGAACUGUGAAGUUCUGGGAUGCCUCUGCAAUAAUGCUCCAGGUGCUUUACAAGCUCAAAACAGCCAAGGUGUUUGACAGAAACCGGUCCAAGGAAGACAAGGGCAGCACGGAGACAUCAGACGAAGACCCCUUCGCCAUCCAGAUUAUGUCCUGGUGCCCCGAGAGCCGGAUGCUGUGCGUAGCCGGGGUGUCAGCCAACGUCAUCAUCUACCGCUUCAGCAAGCUGGAAGUAACUACUGAGGUGGUGCAGCUACUAGAGGUGCGAAUGCAGUACGAGCUGAACGACAUAGAGUCCCCAGAUGGUGGAGGUGGAGGGGGGGAACAGACAUCGGCACAUCCGACACCCGGCGCCUCCCCUCAGACAAGUGGCCCACCUUCGCACCCCUCCACCAGCAGCAACAACUCAGAUGGAGGCAACAUUCCCUGCCUCAAAGUGCGCAGCACUCCUCUGAAACAGUCUCCAGGUUACCAGGUAGAUUUGGUGGUCCAGUUAGUGUGGGUGAGUGGAGAGCCUCCUCAGCAGAUCACGAGUUUGGCGCUCAAUUCCUCCUACGGCCUAGUGGUGUUUGGCAACAGUAACGGUCUGGCAGUGGUGGAUUACAUCCAGAAGACAGUAGUGCUCAACUUGGGGACGGUCGAGCUUUACGGCUCCAAUGACCCCUACCAGAGACAGCCCCGGUCGCCAAGAAAGACACGACAGCCUUCUGGAGGUCUGUGCGACAUCAAUGAGGGCUCAGCCACGUCAGAGGACCGCUGCAAGUCCCCCACUUCAGGUAACCUGUCCUUCAGUGUCUUAUUGAGAGAAAGGAAGGGGGGGUGGCUGGGGGUAUAAGACAGAUGUUGUGUUUUCUAGAUGCAAAACCCAAACAGUGAACAAGUCAAAAAUAUACGUCUUAAUGCUGUGUGUUUGAAAGAGACACACCGGGUAGCGAAGAAGAUUAAUGUUUCAAAAGAGCCUCUGCAUUUAAUACAGUUUUAUUGAAAUUGUAGCUCAUCAAACUGGAACUGUGUGGAAGGAUUUUUUUUGUUGAACCAUAAAAUUGUCUGGCUGUCAAUUUCAUUCUACCUCAGUCUUUAGAAAUGCACUGUUUGAGUUUAAUGCCGUACGUUUCUGGGUUUUUGAGAGUUUUUGCCUUUUGUGCAUGCAUUCUUUUACCACUUUGCAGAGUUCAAUAGACAGGAAUAAAUUUGUUUUAAUCUCACUCGGUAUCCUGGAAAACUGGGUUAUAGGCUGUAAAUGUAUCCCAUCUCUGUGAU